GUUGAUUCCGAUAGCUAACUAACUGACACUUAAACGACAAAUUGUGUAAAUAUUAUCCACAGCUAAGCUAACCUAACCACUGCUGGUUAAAAAAAUGGCCACCAUGGAUAAAUUAAUGAAGGCCUUUGAAUCUCUCAAGUCUUUCCAACAACAACAGGGACCGCCGACGGCCGAGGAGACGGCUCAAAAACAGAAGAAAGAGCUGGCCACCACCAAAAAGGACAGAGUGGCCCACUGCAUGACCAUAUGUGAGAACAUCAUAGCCCAGUCUCUGAGAACGUCUCCGGAGUUCCAGAAGCUUCUGGGCAUCGCCAUGGAGAUGUUCUUGCUGUGCAGCGACGACAGAGAGUCGGACGUCAGGAUGGUGGCAGACGAGUGCCUGAACAAAAUCAUCAAAGCGCUGAUGGACUCCAACCUGCCCAGACUGCAGCUGGAGCUCUACAAAGAAAUUAAAAAGAACGGUGCCUCUCGGAGCCUGAGGGCUGCUCUCUGGAGAUUCGCUGAGCUAGCACACCUCGUCAGACCACAGAAAUGCAGACCGUACCUGGUGAACCUCCUCCCCUGUCUGACCAGGAUCACGAAGAGACAGGAGGAGACUGUCCAGGAGACUCUGUCGGCUGCCGUGCCUAAGAUCAUGACUGCUCUGGGACACUUCGCUAACGACGGAGAGGUCAAGGUGUUGCUGAAGUCGUUUGUGGCCAACCUGAAGUCCACUUCUCCUACGAUCCGUCGGACGGCCGCCAGCUCAGCGGCGAGUGUUUGUCAACACUCGAGACGGGCCUCCUACUUCUACACCUGGCUGCUCAACGUCCUGCUGG